ACAUAUGCGAAAAGUGGUGAAUAGCCAUAAUCUUUAAUAUUAUUCAACAUUUACGUCUGAAAUAAAUUCGACAGUUCAACUAAUAAGAAUGCUUCAUUUCUAAACGUUUUAAUUUCAGUAAAUGCCGUAUAUAAUGGCGCUGCAAUGAGAAAAUAGGAUAUGGAAUUAAAGCCUUUGUAAGCAAGAAUUAAGCCAACUUAUUAAUAAAUAUUAAACGAACUAUAUAAUAUAACCUCUGUCACUGUAAAAACGGAAAAAUGGCUGCUACGUGGUCCAAAGAUGAUAUUGGACGAAAAUGGGAUCGCUGCUUUGCAGACACCCUACUGAAAUUAAGUUGUGGAAUAACCAUUGGUGGAAUAGUUUCUCUAUUUUUUUUCAGAAGAAGAAUGUGGCCAGUAAUAAUUGGUGCUGGGUUUGGAUUAGGUACGGCAUAUUCUGAAUGUGAACGGGAAAUUAAUACAUUUUCAAAUCAAUAUAAACUUGAAAGUAAAUGUGAAGGAAAGAAAAAGUAGUGCAUAGAAAAUGUUUUAGUGAUCUAAAACAUUCAUUUCAUUACUUAUAUACCCUAGUACAUUUGUAAAGUAGCUACAUCUAUAAUUCAUUUAAAUCUAACAUUGUAUAGAAUAAAAUUCAAUUGUACUUUAUCAUUAAUGAUUUAAAAUAUUGUUUUUCAAUUAUAAUUUAACAAAUUUUGUUAAAAUAUAAAUAUUUUUUUUUUCGUUGCAUUGAUCAUAGAAAAAAGAAAUUAUUUAAAUAUCUAAUAUUUUCAUUAAUGAAAUAUUAUAUUAAAUGAUGGGUAAUUAUUUAGUAAUAUGAGACACCCAUAAUGAAAGAUUAUCGUAAAAUCAAAAAAUAGUAAUACUAUUAAUCAAAGAACUAUAGUAAUAAAUCAUAUUAAACAUAAUAAUAAAUUAUAAAACUUCUAUUGUAAAACUGCUUCAUACUUUUCCUAUUAUAUAACAAGCAAUAGAGAAAUAAUAUUACAGUUAUAAUCAUGAUAUAAUUUUUCUAUUACAAUUAAGGAAAUAUAUUUAUGAAUGUUUAAAACUCUACGUUCUAUCAAUUCUAUUGAUAAUUAUUUUGAUUAUAUAAGUACUGGGUAAAUGACAAAUAAUAAGUUACAAAAUUUAAGGUAACACAAUGUUAAUUAUUUUUGUUAGUACAAGAUCAGAUGUAUUAGUUUUCAUAUUAAUUGAUCUACAUAAUCGCCAUUAUUUUUAUCAUUUUUAUAGUGCAUGUAAAUACGUUUCUUUCUUUCUUUUUUUUUUUUUUUUUUUUUUUUUAAUUAAAUAAAUCUUAUACUUUUAUAAGAAUUGAUCAAUAUUUACUACGAAUUAGUAUAUUAAAACAAUUCACUUUACAAGAAUUUUAACAGAAAUUGCAUAAAUAUAUUAGUAAUUAAUAAUUAAAUUAUUAGUUCUUUCCCCUCAUAGGUAUAUAUAUAUAUAUAGUAUCUCUUUAGUUAGAAUUAUUUUUGUUUGGACAAUGGUGCGUGUUAAUACAGUACAAUAAAAAAUGCUGUUUACAACUCACUUUCUAAACAAAAAUAAAUAAUAAAUACAUGUAUUAGACUAAAACAAGAAAGAAUUAACUAAAAAUUUGUAAAUUUUGAUCAAUGUUUCAAACAGUUUAAAAUAAACUAAAGUGCAACUAGUCAUAACGUGGAUACUUCUAUGAGAAAUUUAUAAAUACAUCUUAUUUUAAUUUGUAAAUAUUUCAUUGAAUUUCUAUUAAAGACAUAAAUAAGUCUA